CUCUAUCUAGUUUCAUUCUCCCGCGGCCAAGACAAACUGAAAGCAAAACCGUUUGCAUCUCUCUGUUUUCUCCCAAUUUGAACUUCGAAAAUUGUAUAAUGGCGACAACUAAAAGGAACUCUAGAAAGCGAGGGUCAGAAUUUGUGCUUACCAAAUCGGAUCCAGUAACUCGAGUAGACGACGACCUCGAUCUUGAUCUCUCUAGUGAUCUCAAAGGUAUCUUGUCGGCUCUGCAACAGAUUAAGGAGAAAGCGGCCAAGGACGGUCAAAAGAAGAAUGAAGAGACAAUUUCGAGUGUAGCCUCUGAUAUAAGGUCUAAGAUUGAUGAGUUGAAAUCAAAGCUUGAGAAAGAAAGACAAAGUUUUGCGAAGGCACUUUCAAAGAGCUCAAAAGAGUGUGAAAAUUGCUUGAAGAAUGAGACUGCCAAAUAUAAAGAGCUUUAUGAGAAAUUUUGCAAGGAGAAAGCUGGUCAUCUGCAAGCCUUAAAAGAUACUAUAUCAAAGUUUGAAGAAGAGAAGGAAAGGCUAUUCAUGAAAUAUGAACAACUAAGAAAAAAAGAGAAGAUCAUGAUAUCUGAACAACAGAAACUUUUCGCUGAUAAAAUUGGCCAAUUGGAGGAAUCCUUGAAGAAGAAGAAGCAGGACAACAAAACUUUCAGCCUUUUAAGGAAGACUCUUGGCUCAUUCUUUGAAAAUUCCUCCGAUGAGGACUUCCCAUCUUAUGGUUGAAUGUUGCUUCAGUGAACAUCACUAACGGCAGUAAUCUCCAUGUCCUCCCAAGACACAAGCUCAUGUUUAAUAUCCAGAGGAUUCUCUUCAUUUCAGGUGCUGUACAGGAACCAAUGAAAAUCUAAUCUUUGCUCUCUAAAGUACAUUAU